AUGGAGCUCAUGGGGCUGUUCCCUCGGAGCGCGGAAUUCUCUUCAGUGUUCUGGGACUAUCCGUCCAUUAUCCUGAGUGUGAUAAUUCUCUAUCUGUGGUUCGUUCUGAGUGCUGGACCGAAAUGGAUGGCGAACCGUCCACCCUAUCAGCUCAGAACGGCCACACGCCUGUUCAAUUUAUUCCAAGUGAUCGCUAACGUCUGGUUCUCGUACAACAUGAUCGGCCUGGUCGUCAGAAAUCACCACUUGGGCUUAUUCUCUUUGGGAUGCAACCCUCCUCUUACCGACCGGCUCAUUCUGGCCACCGAGAGCGACACGAACCUUGCUCAUACGAUUGGCAUCGUGUACUUCAAUGUGCGGGUGCUGGAUUUUCUCGACACGGUGCUCUUCGUCCUGACCAAAAAAAUGUCCCACGUUUCGUUCCUCCACGUAUACCAUCACGUAAUCGUUGUGCUGACAGCCUACGUCUACCUGCGUUCGGGAUGGAUGCCUUCAAUCUACUAUUGUGUGCUCCUAAAUUCCAUGGUUCACAUUGCGAUGUACUCCUACUAUUUCCUCUCGACCUUCCCGGCGAUGAAACCCUAUCUCUGGUGGAAACACUAUCUGACAGGACUUCAGAUGGCGCAAUUCUCCGUACUUCUCCUCCAAUUCUUGUGGAAUAUAGUCUAUAACUGUGGCUACCCGAUUCUCGUACCCCAGUUUGUCUUCUCCCAAGCGGCAAUAUUCUUAGUGCUUUUCGGGAGGUUCUAUCGCCAGAAAUACGUUGCGAAAAAGCGAAGUGAGAAUGUAGAGUCGAGUUGCAUGAAGGCUGAUUGA